AUGGAUGCAUCGCGAGAAUUGCAAGAAUGGGCACCUACCGUGUGCCUGCAGUUGCUUCGUCGCAGUGCGCUGGUGGUGUUCCAGCUGCUGCCCGACGAAGAAAGGCACGGUGCGAUACAGCUCUUGUGCACCGUGAAGGAGACCGACGUCCAGCUGAUUGACUCGGUUCAACACGUGCAAGCGCACGUUUUGGCGGCGACACCCCCGGAUGUGUCUCACAUGGUUGACGGCGAGCGCGAGCCCGGGCUUCUUCGGGUUGGGCUUUUGUGCAGCACCGCAUGGACGCCGUCUUGCCGAUAUGCGGAGCAGCACAGAGUGCAUCGGUGCAUGCAUGUCGACGCUUCCCUCGCGCGGGUCUACUGGGAUCAAAUGAAUCGGGAGAGCUGGCCCAAGUCUUUGCAGGACUGGCACGAGACUGUGGUUUUCAAGACUCAAAUGCGUGCAGAGGCACCUAGGUUGACGUUGCAGAAGCUGGAGAAGGCGAUGAAUGACGUGACCGUCGACGCCGACCACAGGGGCUUUUACAACAAGCCUAUCCAUCGUCCAGAGACACAUGGAUGGGUCACUCGAAAGACAACUAAGCUGGGCAAAGAAUCGCGUACGCGAGAAGAGCACGAAGCCGAAGGGAGCACUUAUGGCGACCAGCAACCGCACAAGAGGAUGCGAGACGUGCUCAGCUACCGGCACAAGCCGUUGACGGCAUUGCUGCAGAACCUGCACCAACUUCUGCCGCUGGAGCGCUGCAGCGAGCGAGGGCAGCGACCGGCCGGAUGCAGGGAGGGGCCGGUGAAAUCGAAGAGGCGAAAGCAAUGCACGAAAACCAGUCAGGGCAUGUUCAAGUUUGCCCAGCAUGGCAUGGUUCUCCAGCUGGACACCUUCAUGGAGGAUAAGUGUUUUGUGCCGCGGGCAGCUGCUGCAGAGGAGCAGGACUUUGGCUUUGUGCCGGCCGAGCUGCACAAUGUGGCCAGGGGCCUUGUUGCUUUCCUGAGGGUCAGAGCGUGCUCCUUCGAGAACAUCUCGGAUGACAAGAAGACGGAGCAUUGGAGCCAUUGCUUGGAGUGGUGCGGUUUUUGGAUGUCGGACGAGGAAAUCCAAGCC